AUGCGGAAGGUUAGAACGAAACUUGCAUCUAAUGCAUACUGUUGCAACACAGGCAAUCCUUGGCUGCACUCACAAGUGAACAUGCACCGUGCAUCGCCCAACCAAGCGGGCCAUACAUCCGUAAUUUGUGCUGUUACGGUCCACAACCGUUUAGAUAAAGAAGACAAAGUUGUAUGUAAGCUGGUCUCGAGGAAGACAAUGCUUAACGAUGAGGAACUCCAGCUGGCUUACAGGAGGGAAACAAUCGCCUAUCAGAACAUCUUACCAGCCCUUGGUGUCUCAUUUAUGGCUGCAAAGUUUUUCGCUUCAUCAUCCGGCCUCAUCAUCUUGCAGGAUCUUGUUGAUGAAGGCUUUUCAAGUCCUGACAGGGUGGCAGGUCUCUCUUCAAAACAGAUGGAUCUUGCGAUUAAGGGAUUGGCGGACCUCCACGCAGGCAGCUUGAUUUUACGCGACGGGAAGCCGAAGGAAUGGGAAAGUAUGACCGCUCAACUCAAGGGUACGUGGCAGGACGUCGGCCAGUUCAGUUCUUGGCUCGAAACAUCCAUCAUGACCGCAAUAGAAGAACUGGAUGAAUUAGGGGAAGAAAAGAUAUCGAAGAUGUUGUCAUCAAGUUCAGCAGUUCCGCUAGAUUGCUCAAACGAUUCUUUUUGGGUUAUCUGCCAUGGGGAUUACUGGUCAAAUAAUCUUAUGUUUAGAAAUGAAGAUACCUUGAGGAUUAUAGAUUUUCAAAACAUGUGUUGUGGGCCUAUUUAUAAAGAUCUUUUGAAUCUUCUAUCCACAAGUUUGAGAAUUGGUGAUGACGUUCAUACCUACUGUGCUACAUACUACCAACGGCUUAUUGUAGGUAUUGAUAAACUGUUUCGUUUUCCGUCUUAUUCAGAAUUCAUGGAGCACUUGCGGGAAGGACUUGAUUAUGGCUUUCGGAUGGGACUAUUGUACCUCGGAGGCAGAGUUCUUCCAACGGAUGGACUUGACGAAAUUGACAGCAGUGUUAAAUGUAACCAAUUUCCAGGAUAUAGGGAACACUUAUUGCAUUUGAUAGAUAUCUACAAAGUUCUAGGUUUAUUCUGAUUUUAGAUUAAAUAUUGAACGUGUGAACUAUUUAUUAAUAAUUUAAUUGUACUUCAUUUGCUAGUAUAUUUCGCUAUUAGAAAUGAGAUUGUUUACUUGUUAAAUUAACACAUAUAUUUUUGAUAUUUAGUGAACUGCAUUCAACUGAAUCGUUCAUUUAAAUAAUCAUUAUCAAAUACUCAUAACCAGUAAUUAAUUAUUGAAGACUAAUAAAUAGUAAUUAUCGUUAUAAAUAUAUUUAUAAGAAAUAUUUCAAUACAUAAUGGAUGGAAGUUUAUGUUUUUUUAUUAAUAGAAUCAUCUAACCAUUUUCGAAAAACAAAUAGUAAAGAUUAACUCGAAUUAUUAUGACAACUUCAUAUAAACAGAGUAUGUUUUUUUUUAUUUUUAGAAAUAAUGAUUUAUUUACAAACAUUACUUCAUAAUAAUGAUUCAG